CGAGUACUUGGAUAGACCAUAGAUAAAGAGGGUACCCCCGCCCCCUCCUCCUUAGUAUAUCGAUGGGACACUGCCACUUCAUCAGUCUCUCACUCUCAGGUGUGCAUCAGCGAAAACUUCUCUUAUUACACUUCCAAGUUCCACCUGUCGUGAUGAGGAAGAAGCAGAAGUGUGAAAGGUGAAGUAACGUAAGCGAUGUUGCUGGACUGAAAACAAGUCAGUUCCACAGUAAGUAUGGCGAGAAAACCCAUUAAUUUAACUAACCGUGCCCGUAAACUUGACCUUUAGGCGUAGGAUAUGAUAGGGGUGGUGAUUCAACUGCUGUAGUUUGUCAUUGGGUGUUUGGAAAGCAAAUUUCCUUUAUUAAUAUGUGUAUGUCCUUCAUUGUCAACUGUGAUAGUGGUGAGCAUAUUGAUAUUCUUACCUUAAGACUUAUUGAUGCCAGAUGAAAACAUGGUUGUUACUAGACUGUUACGCUCUCUUCCACUUAAGAAGCAGACUGUCAUAAAGUCGCUUCUUUUGGCAACAUUGCUAUUUAUUGUGUACCAGGUGACCUUUGUUGUUGAAUUGAGCGAGUAUGCCAAGCCAAAGUCUGUGAAGGGAGCAGGAAAAGAAAAAUUGCAUCCAAAAGAUGUAGGUUUGGAAAGUAAUCAUGAUCAUAAAGAAAUUGGGAAUCAAAUGAAUGAAAAUCCUAAUAAAAAUUCUCAUAGCGAGAUAAAGGAACAAAAGAUUAUAGAACAAAAUAAUGAGAUAAAGAAACAGAAAAUAGUAGAACAUAAUAAUUCAGUAGGUGUUGGUGAACUAGUAGCAGCUACAAGUCAGAAGUCAGCGACGUCUGAUGAAACUUUUACGUGUCACACUUCGGGUAUAGUUAUCUCGAAAGACAAAGUCAAUGAUGAUUACUGUGAUUGCCCUGAAGAUGGUUCGGAUGAACCAAGAACUAAUGCUUGUACAAAUUCCAAAUUUGUUUGUGUAAAAGUUAUGAAAGGAUUUCCAGAAUCAAUCCCCUCAGCUUGGGUAAAUGAUGGUAUUUGUGAUUGUUGUGAUGGUUCUGAUGAAUGGCAAAAAAAGAUUGUGAAAACAUUCCUUCCAUUAGCUCUACAAAGGAAAAUUGGACAGUUUUUUUCACCAUGUCCAAAUCAUUGUUCCUGAAUCAGCUCUCAUUGAAUUCAUGAACAUUAAAGACUUGAUGAAGUUUUAUAUCUUAGUACAGUAUAUACAUACAUAUUGUUUAUUUCCUAUGUUAUGGUUACAUGCAUUAGUGGCAUGUUGUAAUUAGAUUCACACAUGCUUGAUACAUUUUUAUCGGUUGAUAAUAGUAUCCAGUGUUUAUACUGACUUUUGGCAAAUAUGAAAAACAGUGAUAGAUAAUUAUAAGAUCAAUUUUGUACAGAGAUUAGCAUAAAGAAUUUUUAUAUUAUUUCACUAUGUAAGAAAAUGUUGUUUUCUUAUUUGUUAAUCAAGAAAGUACAGUAAUAUAUUUGUUGAUGUUUCAGACUUAUAAAUUAAUAAUAGUUUUAAAAGUAAAUAAUAAAUAGAAACUGUUUCA